AUGCUAGUCUUCGGACCUAAUAGUAGUUUCGUUCGUCACGCAAACAAGAAACAAGAAGAUUCGUCUAUAAUGAACGAGCCAAACGGAUUGAUGGACCCGGUAUUGAGCACAACCAACGUUUCUGCUACUUCUUCUAAUGACAAUUCUGCGAACAAUAGCAUAUCUUCGCCGGAAUAUACCUUUGGUCAAUUCUCAAUGGAUUCUCCGCAUAGAACGGACGCCACUAAUACUCCAAUUUUAACAGCGACAACUAAUACGACUGCUAAUAAUAGUUUAAUGAAUUUAAAGGAUACCGCCAGUUUAGCUACCAACUGGAAGUGGAAAAAUUCCAAUAACGCACAGUUCGUGAAUGACGGUGAGAAACAAAGCAGUAAUGCUAAUGGUAAGAAAAAUGGUGGUGAUAAGAUAUAUAGUUCAGUAGCCACCCCUCAAGCUUUAAAUGACGAAUUGAAAAACUUGGAGCAACUAGAAAAGGUAUUUUCUCCAAUGAAUCCUAUCAAUGACAGUCAUUUUAAUGAAAAUAUAGAAUUAUCGCCACACCAACAUGCAACUUCUCCCAAGACAAACCUUCUUGAGGCAGAACCUUCAAUAUAUUCCAAUUUGUUUCUAGAUGCUAGGUUACCAAACAACGCCAACAGUACAACAGGAUUGAACGACAAUGAUUAUAAUCUAGACGAUACCAAUAAUGAUAAUACUAAUAGCAUGCAAUCAAUCUUAGAGGAUUUUGUAUCUUCAGAAGAAGCAUUGAAGUUCAUGCCGGACGCUGGUCGCGACGCAAGAAGAUACAGCGAGGUGGUUACCUCUUCCUUUCCUUCUAUGACGGAUUCUAGAAAUUCGAUCUCUCAUUCGAUAGAGUUUUGGAAUCUCAAUCACAAAAAUAGUAGCAACAGUAAACCCACUCAACAAAUUAUCCCUGAAGGUACUGCCACUACUGAGAGGCGUGGAUCAACCAUUUCACCUACUACCACUAUAAACAACUCUAAUCCAAACUUCAAAUUAUUAGAUCAUGACGUUUCUCAAGCUCUGAGCGGUUAUAGUAUGGAUUUUUCUAAGGACUCUGGUAUAACAAAGCCAAAAAGCAUUUCCUCUUCUUUAAAUCGCAUCUCCCAUAGCAGUAGCACCACAAGGCAACAGCGUGCCUCUUUGCCCUUAAUUCAUGAUAUUGAAUCUUUUGCAAAUGAUUCGGUGAUGGCAAAUCCUCUGUCUGAUUCCGCAUCAUUUCUUUCAGAAGAAAAUGAAGACGAUGCUUUUGGUGCGCUAAAUUACAAUAGCUUAGAUGCAACCACAAUGUCGGCAUUCGACAAUAACGUAGACCCCUUCAACAUUCUCAAGUCAUCUCCGGCUCAGGAUCAACAGUUUAUCAAACCCUCUAUGAUGUUGUCGGAUAAUGCCUCUGCUGCCGCUAAAUUGGCGACUUCUGGUGUUGAUAAUAUCACACCUACACCAGCUUUCCAAAGAAGAAGCUAUGAUAUCUCGAUGAACUCUUCGUUCAAAAUACUUCCUACUAGUCAAGCUCACCAUGCAGCUCAACAUCAUCAACAACAACCUACUAAACAGGCAACGGUAAGCCCAAACACAAGAAGAAGAAAGUCGUCAAGUGUUACUUUAAGUCCAACUAUUUCUCAUAACAACAACAAUGGUAAGGUUCCUGUCCAACCUCGGAAAAGGAAAUCUAUUACUACCAUUGACCCCAACAACUACGAUAAAAAUAAACCUUUCAAGUGUAAAGACUGUGAGAAGGCAUUCAGACGCAGUGAGCACUUGAAAAGGCAUAUAAGAUCCGUUCAUUCAACGGAACGCCCUUUUGCUUGUAUGUUCUGUGAGAAAAAAUUCAGUAGAAGUGACAAUUUAUCACAACAUCUAAAAACUCACAAAAAGCACGGUGAUUUUUGA